AUGGCCCCCUACAGCUCCGUGUACUUGGGCAUCUGGGGAGUUUUUAUAUUUGUUCUGAUAAAAGAAUCAAGACCAGUCAGUUGGGAAGAAUGGUGGACGUAUGAUGGAAUUUCCGGGCCGGCGUUUUGGGGUUUAAUUAACCCAGAAUGGUCACUUUGUAAUAAAGGACGAAGACAAUCUCCGGUAGAUCUCGAACCUAAGAGACUACUUUUCGAUCGCAAUCUUCAACCGCUUCAUUUAGACAAACACGCGAUACGAGGAAUUCUCGCAAAUACUGGCCACGGAGUAGUUUUCUCCGUAGACAAUGGUACACAACAUCCCGUCAAUAUAUCAGGCGGGCCGCUGAGCUAUCGCUAUCAGUUUCAUGAAAUUCACUUGCAUUACGGGAUGAGUGAUCAUCUGGGAAGCGAACAUACUGUGGAUGGCUAUGCAUUUCCCGCUGAGAUUCAAAUAUUUGGAUUUAAUUCUCAACUCUACAGUAAUUUUUCCGAUGCUCUUCAUCGGCCUCAAGGAAUUGUUGCAGUUUCGUUGUUACUUCAGCUAGGAGACCUCUCGAAUCCCGAGCUAAGACAGUUCACAGAUAAAUUGAACGAAAUUAAAUUUGGAGGAGAGGUCACGGAAAUUACUCGCUUCGCUGUACGAGAUCUUUUACCGGACACGAAUCACUACAUGACGUACGAGGGCUCCAUCACUAUGCCAGCCUGUCAUGAAACCACAACAUGGAUUAUUCUCAAUAAACCAAUAUAUAUUACUAAGCAGCAGCUCAUCGCUCUAAGGACUCUGAUGCAAGGUGAGAAGCGACACUCAAAAGCACCAUUGGGGAAUAAUUUCAGACCACCACAAGUACUGCACCAUCGUCCUGUACGAACGAAUAUCGAUUUUAGUGUGCAGGGAGUAAAAAAUUGCCCGACUAUGUAUCGAGAUAUAUAUUACAAAGGUAAAAAA